AUGGACAUCGAACAAAAACAAGCAGAGCUCAUCGAUCACUUCGUAAAUCAAGCAUCCACUUUAAAAGGCUCUGCUCUUUGGCCUCUUAUUAUCGAAGCCACUUCUCAUCCUUCUCUCUUCGCCUUCUCCGAGAUUCUCUCUGUCCCCACCGUCUCCGAGCUUGAAGGAACUGAGAAUUCUUUGUACCUCGAUGUUCUUCGGUUGUUUGCCCAUGGAACCUGGAGUGAUUACAAAAUUAAUGCUGUUCGUCUUCCACAAUUGGUUCCUGAUCAAGUCCUCAAGCUAAAGCAACUUACUGUACUUACGCUGGCUGAAGUGAACAAGGUACUACCUUAUGAUCAGCUAAUGCAGGAGCUAGAUGUUACAAAUGUUCGCGAACUUGAAGAUUUUCUUAUCAAUGAGGGCAUGUAUGCGGGAAUAGUACGAGGAAAGCUAGAUCAGUUGCGAAGGUGCUUUGAGGUCCAAUUUGCUGCUGGGAGGGAUCUGAGGCCUGGACAGCUUGGGAAUAUGUUACAAACACUAUCAAACUGGUUGGCUACAUCAGAUAAUUUACUUGUCUCGAUUCAGGAGAAGAUAAAAUGGGCCGACUCUAUGAGUGAAUUGGAUAAGAAGCAUCGAAAGGAUGUAGAAGAUAGGGUGGAAGAAGUAAAGAAGUCACUCUCCCUCAAGGCAGACAUUGACUACCGAGGGCACGAGGAGACCUACUCUGAAUCUGGUGGAGUGAUGGACUAUGAGGAAGACCGAAGCCGACCCAAGAGGUAUUUUGAUUUGGCUUCCAUUCUUGUGAUCACCAUUGACCCUGAAGAGGAAUUUGCCAACCAUGAGAUCCUCUACGAGAUGGAGUUACUUCGAGACCUCUACCACCCCAACAUUGUCAAAUGUCACAACAUAUUGGAUCGUAAUGGUGAAGAUAUUCAGGUCCUUCUUGAGUUGAUGGAUGGAGAAUCUCUUGCUGAGACGCACAUAGCUAACUUUGGUGUGAGCAAAAUUCUUUCACAAACUCUGAACCCGAAAGAUUUUGUUGGAACCAUCAGAUUUCGGUAUGAUCAACUAUUCAACUGCGUUUCACAAAGUCUUGUGGAGACCCUCGGGCAUGUGAGUCCUGAACGGAUGAGUACUGGAUGGCCUUUUGAAAUAAUUGAUUCGGUUCUAGCGGAUGUAUGGAGUAUUGGGUUAAAGUAUUUUGGAGGUUUAUUGGACAGGUAUCCGAUAGUAGAGGCAGGGGAAUUGGGAAGUUUUAAUAAAUGCAAUAUGUUAUUCGCCCCUUCCGCAAGCACCAUCGACUGCAUCAAGGGAGUUUCAGGAUAUUAUUUCGUGUUGUCUGCCGAGAAGCUCAGAGAGGCGGUGGACAGCUGCAGAGUUGUUGCAGCGCCCGUUUAUAAUGCAGAGGCAGGAAAAUCAGUAGUGCACUACUUUGUUGAAGAAAGGAAGUGA